AUGACUAACACUCCAUCAGGGUCUAAGCGUCCGUACGAGGGGACCCAUGACCGUGACUACGAAUCUCACAAGCGGCCGAGGGGGAGAGAGGACGCGCGGGACUGGAAGGAUGUUCACUUGAAGUCGCCGCCGAAACCGCGAUCAUCGAGACACGACUAUCGCCCUCGUAGCCGGGAGCAUGAUCAUCGACGGGCACCCAGCGACUACGGCCGGGAUAGAGAUAGAGACAGGGACAGGGACAGGCGAGAUGAUCGUGAUAGAGAUGAACUCCGUAGAGAAGACCCUCGUCGGAGAACGCGGUCCCCACCCCGGAAUAGCAGGCGGAAUGGGUCAGUCAACGGGCACGCUCAGUCCAACGGACACGCUCAUCCAAAGGAUGAUUCCGAAAGAGAAGAAGGCGACGCAGCCUGCGCCGGAGCCAGAGACGGAGCUGGAUCUUACAACGAGUCCGUGUCCGUAGAGGAGACUCUCGCUGCGCGUCGAGCGAAGCGUCAAGCUAUUCUGGCCAAAUAUGCGGGGACUACGAGCGCUGCGCUCAGUCAAGGCGUUUCUCCAAGUCCUGGACCUAGCAGUGCGGUCGAGCCGCCUCCCACGAGUCCUCUUUCUAACAAUGCGUCUCAGUCUCACAGCCCUCGUGCGACUCCCGCUCUCACUGAUGUUGACCGGAGUGCAAGCGUCAGUGGAAUGAGUGGAAUGAUAAGCAAACGGGAUUCUGUUUCGGCGUCCCCAACGCCGGGCACAUUUUCUCUGGCCAAAGACCAAGGCGAUGGGCAAGUGAAGGGGCAAGUACAAGAUGGCCCUCACGAGCAGAUCUCCGCAGCCGACUAUGAUCCAAGUCUGGAUCGUCGAGAAGACGAGAAACGGGUACUCGGGGUCAAAGACAAACCGACGGAGGAUAUACAAGUUCUGGAAGAAGUAGAAGAAGAGGAAGAGGACGAUGUGGACGACAUGUUUGCCAUCGCUACAACCGACAAGAAGCCUAAGAAGGUUAGGAAGCUCGUCAAGAGACCGGCGGCCCCAGCAUUGAUCACAACGACACUGGAUUCCGCUGCAGACGCAGAAGGCUAUUAUCAGGUCAUCUUGGGUGAACAGCUCGAUGGUGGUCGUUAUCAAGUAUUCUCUCACCUUGGGAAGGGCAUGUUCGCCAACGUUGUCAGAGCGCGUGUCUUGGACGGCGAACCGGGCGAAGCUGGCAAGGAGGUAGCGAUCAAGAUUGUUCGCUGCCAAGAGUCUAUGUACAAAGCUGGCUUGAAGGAGGCCCAGAUUUUGAACAAGUUGAAACUAGCUGACCUCGAAGAUAAGAAACACGUCGUCCGCCUUGAGAGGACGUUCGAGCAUCGCGGGCAUCUAUGCUUGGUUUUCGAGUCUCUCAGCAUGAACCUGCGUGAUGUCGUCAAGCGCUUUGGCAAGGACGUCGGCCUGAACCUCAAGGCCGUGCGUGCGUACGCACACCAGUUGUUCCUUGCUAUGAGUCUCUUGCGGAAGUGCAAUAUCAUGCAUGCUGAUAUCAAACCCGAUAACAUCCUGGUGAACGACCAGAAGACGCUUUUGAAGCUUUGUGACCUGGGCUCCGCCUCGGAUGCUUCCGAGAACGAGAUCACGCCCUAUCUUGUCAGUCGGUUUUACCGGGCGCCGGAGAUCAUCCUCGGUGUUCCGUAUGACCCCGCAUUGGACAUAUGGUCUAUCGGGUGCACGCUCUACGAGCUGUACACGGGCAAGAUCCUAUUUCCCGGACGCUCCAACAACCAGAUGCUGCUUCUCAUGAUGGAGUUGAAAGGCAGGUUUAACUCCAAAAUGAUAAAGAGGGCGCGAUUUGGGAGCAUGUACUUCGAUGAGCUAGGCGCCUUUCAAAGUAUCGAGACGGAGCGAGUUACGGGUUCUGACGUCAUUCGUCAAGUACACAUCACCGCACCCACGAGAGAUCUCAGGCAACGUCUCAUGCCGCCUGCAUCUGUGAAGAUGAAGGACGAUGAAGGGAAGCUGUUGACUUCCUUCAUUGACCUCUUAGACAAGUGCUUGGCCCUCGAUCCGACGAAGAGAAUAUCCCCCAAGGAAGCGUUGGUGCAUCCUUUCAUAAGAGGGUAA